UGUUUCAACGAUGAUGUCCAAGACCACUUCGUCGACAACGAUCUCCGGAUAGUCCUCGUGGUCAUUGACGCUUGGCGAAUAUCGUUUCUCUCUGACGACGAUUCUCCGAUGACUUUUCUCCGCCAUUCCAUCACGUCAGGACGAGCAGUUGCGUUUACAGCGAAUACUCAGUCGCCUACAGUCACUAUGCCUCGCAUAAAGGUUGAUAACAACGUCACUCGUCAUUUUGAUUCAGUUCUGAAGAGCCGCAAUUGGGAUGUGCUAAUACUUCAUUAUCUUGGAUUAGAUCACGUAGGACAUUCUCUUGGCAGUCAGUCGCCAGAGAUCAAAAAGAAGCUCGAAGAGAUGGAUGAAAUCGUUCGACAAGUGUUCGUUAUCGUUUCGGCACAAUCUCCUCUUCUCUUGGCAGUUGUCGGCGAUCAUGGCAUGACAAACGCCGGAAAUCAUGGUGGGGGAACUGAUGCUGAAACAAGUGUUCCAAUGGUAUUCUUGCACUCCAAAGCAAAUAUUAUUCAGCGUGGAGACAUGAAAGGUCUGAAGUCAGCAGAACAAGUGGAUUUUGCCAGCACAUUGCCGUUUUUCCUUCGAAUGCCGAUUCCUUCGGGCAGUGUAGGUCUGUCUCUGAUUCCACAGCUUGCCUCCCAAUGGCAGUUGAGCGACGCCACCCGUUUUCUCUUCUGCUUUUCCAGUCUGCUCUCCACUUCUCCAAGCUCG